CACCCUAACCAGUGGACCACAGCGCCCCACAAAAUUAAAUGUAACUUUACAAGUGAGAAGUAAUUCUGAAGUACUGUAGAUCAACAAAAGACUGCAGAACCACUGAAGACCAAUUGUAGAGCGCAAGAUCAGCCACUAUAUACCAGUCACAAGAUCAGCCGCAAGACCAGCCACUUUACCAGCCGCAAGACCAGCCACUAUACCAGCCACAAGAUCAGCCACAAGACCAGAUGCAACACAAGCCACAAAACCAGCCACAGGACCAGCCACAAAACAAGCCACAAGACCAGCCACAAGACCAGCCACAGGUCCAGCCACAAGACUAGCCACAACACCAGCCACUACACCAGACACGAGACCAGCCACAAGUAACGGGUCACAAACAGUGACAAAAUAAUGCUGUUUGUCAUUGGAAUGCAGUGUAGCUUGUGCCUUGAAUUGAGGCCGGAGAUCUUGUGUUGGUCUUCUGAUGGUCUUGUGCAUGAUUGGGUCUUGACUAUUGUUGAUAACGUAAAUCAAAGAGUAGAUGCAACUCUAUGAGACAUGGUCAAAAGGAGAGCACUUCGGGCACAAAGAACUGUAAUGACCAUAUCUCAUACAAGGGUUUGGGCAAACUGUUUUUUUUUACCAUUUUUUAGUAAAUGGCCGCCAUUUCUUAAUUUAGAAUCUUCAUUUCCAACCCCGCUUUCACCAUAUACCGCCAAGGUCGCGUAGUUUAGGAAUAUCUUAAAACAAUUUCAACAUGUCUCCCCAAUUUGGAGAAAUUUGCGUCUGAAAAAGUGCAAAGGUUGAUCUGGACCAGUCUGUAAGUUGAAAUUUUUUAAGCCAUUUUAUCUUGGCAAUUAACAAAUCUGAAUGCGUUACUUAAUGUUUUUAAUUGUUCACUUUGUAAUUAACACCUUAGCUUCAAUCUUUGUCUUUUCUUAAUGCUUAAGGUUGAGAAAAUGAGCUUAAUUGAUGAGGCACCAUUUGAAGAAGAUGUAAACUUUCUGAGUAUAUGUUAAGUGUUUCGAAGUGGUUUGUUACGUAAUUACCACUUACAAGUAGCAUCCAUUUCUGUCAUUUCUUAAUGCUCAGUGCCCUUUUCUGAGGAAGCAUUCUAAUGUUCUAAUAAUGCAAACAAGCAUUAAUUGAUGAGAACAAAAUGAAAGAUUCUCAUUUAAUGUCAAAGUGACAUGGGGAGAUUAAUUUUGUCUGUUUUCGGCUUACAUUGUAACUACCGGUACUCUGCUGUCACUUAACGCACUUUCAGUGUUUGCAGAAUAUACAUGCAGUCUGCACAAUUUGCAAUUUCACAAGCUAGUUAGAACUCACCAAGACCACAGCACAAUUAUCUGUAAGUCAGAGAUCAUCAUAAUGGCUUCUGCUGAGAAUGCAAUGGAAGACAUUCUGACUGUUACUCCUAUGGAAGAAGGACUCAAUGUUACAGAUACUGACGAAGCCUCGGCCUACUUGGAAUAUGGUGUAUCAACUACCUUCAUCAUUUGUGUGUAUGGUGUUAACAUUAUUCUAACUAUGACCAUCAAUCCAGUGUGCUUGCUUGUCAUCCGACAAAUGGCCAACAUGCAACCAACAACGAAGAAUUUCAUGACAUUGCUUCUGGUCAGCAAAAUGGGCUUCGGCAUAUUCGUGUUGAUCCCAUCUAUGAUAAGGACAUAUGUUGUAUUUGCAGAAGGCAGUUUUUGGUGGAUCCUUGGUUUCAUUUGUAAUGUCGUCUUCACCUUACAAAGCUUUCUGUCGCUGCUUAUUUUGACUGUUGAUCGGUACCUGGCCGUUGCCUGGUGUCUGCACUACCCUCGCUUGAUGACCAUCCGAAGAUCGAAGAUUAUUAUCUCUAUCAGCUGGGCAGUUGGUCUGAUAUAUGGACUUAUAUUUAUCAUCAAUGCCUCUUCAGAUGCUGGCAUAAUACUGAACUUCACCGUGAUUGUCAUCAUCUUCAUCGGAAUUGUCUUAAUUGUGACAUUGUACCUGCACAUUUUGGUGAUUGCUCGACGCCAGGCUCGGCGCAUUGCCCAGGACAACCAAGCUGUCGCGGGAAACAACGCACCGCAACGAGUCAGCACCAAGUCCUUCACCACAAUCUUCAUCAUCGUUACGGUCGUCUUACUUUGCUGGAUUCCCGUUUGUCUUCUUGACCUACUUGCUACCUCGGGCGUCAGUGUAUCACCUGUCAUUUUCCGUGGUUCCCAAGUUCUUUUCACAACUACCAACUGGAUCGAUGCAGUCAUCUUUUGUGCGAGAAACAAAGAGUUUCAAGAGACUGUACCCAAACUGACUCGCACCUGUUUUCGUGCCAUGAGGCAUAAGUUGAAUCGCAAUUAAAAUCCAAAUUUUACUCCUACACCAACUAAGUCAAGUUUCCUUUUGUGGUGGCAAGAAACGUUUCAGGUUUUAGUCCUGUAUUUAAAAGUGAGCUCAUUUGCUUCUGUCUUUAAUGCUUUAAUGCUUCAUCAGAAAGGGUUAGCCUGGGUAUGCGGAGUAGCUUUGAAAAAAUACGAAAUGAAAUGUAACUUCACUAGUAAGAUGUAAUUCUGAGGCACAGUGGAAUCUUGAUAAGUCAAAGUCCGAUUACUCAAAACAACUGUUAAGUCAAAGAAAGAAUCCAUUCCCUUCAGUAGUAUUACAAUGAUAUACAACCGUGCUUAACUCAGAACUCUACUUAAGUCAAAUUUUGAACCAUUCUAUUGAGGUUUGACUUAACGAGAUUUCACAAGACUUCACGAAACCAACACAAGACUGCAGAGCCAAGAACUAUUGUGACCCGCUCCGCAAAAAUGAGGCUGUUGUGGCAAAACUGACAUUUUGAGUUAACUACAUUAUUAAAAUGGGAAUGAAAUAAGCUUUCAUUUGGUAUAUCAUGGACCUCUCUAGGACAUUUGGUUGCAUUGUUGUGCUUGUUUCAUUCU